AUGGCGGUAGUGGAAGACUGGUUUGUAUUUGUUGAAGAAGAACGACAAUACAACCCUGGAACCACAGUACAACCCUGGAACCACAGUACAGCCCUGGAACCACAGUACAGCCCUGGAGCCACAGUACAACCCUGGAGCCACAGUACAACCUGGAGCCACAGUACAGCCCUAGAGCCACAGUACAACCCUGGAGCAACAGUACAGCCCUGGAGCCACAGUACAGCCCUGGAGCCACAGUACAACCUAGAGCCACAGUACAACCAUGGAGCCACAGUACAACCCUGGAGCCACAGUACAGCCCUGGAGCCACAGUACAACCCAGGAGCCACAGUACAACCCUGGAGCCACAGUACAACCCUGGAGCCACAGUACAACCUGGAGCCACAGUACAGCCCUGGAGCCACAGUACAACCCUGGAGCCACAGUACAGCCCUGGAGCCACAGUACAGCCCUGGAGCCACAGUACAACCUAGAGCCACAGUACAACCAUGGAGCCACAGUACAACCCUGGAGCCACAGUACAGCCCUGGAGCCACAGUACAACCCAGGAGCCACAGUACAACCCUGGAGCCACAGUACAACCUGGAGCCACAGUACAGCCCUGGAGCCACAGUACAACCCUGGAGCCACAGUACAGCCCUGGAGCCACAGUACAACCCUAGAGCCACAGUACAGCCCUGGAGCCACAGUACAACCAUGGAGCCACAGUACAACCAUGGAGCCACAGUACAGCCCUGGAGCCUCGGUACAACCCUGGAGCCUCGGUACAACCCUGGAGCCACAGUACAGCCCUAG